AUGGAAGAACCAGAGGUUGUAUUUGCACCGGAGAAAAUGAUAAAGCAUUACAGUAGCAAUCAGAAGAUACUGUUGGUGGGUGAGGGCAACUUCUCUUUUGCUGCUUGUUUAGCCAAAAUAUUUGGAUCUGCGAAGAACAUGGUUGCCACUUCUCUUGACUCCAAAGAGUCUGUAAUUGUCAAAUACUCAACUGCAGCAGCAAGUAACUUGAAGGAAUUAGAGGACAUGGAAUGCGUACUCUUGCAUGAGGUGGAUGUCCACACCAUGAGACAGCACCCUCUUCUAGUUGAUCAACUGUUUGAUCGCAUAGUGUUUAAUUUUCCUCAUGCUGGUUUUGUUUUCAGGGAACAUGACCAAUUCCAGAUCAAGCUGCAUCAGGAUUUGGUGAGGGGAUUCUUUGCCAGUGCAUAUGAAAUGCUGAAUGAAAGUGGACAAGUUCAUGUGACUCACAAAACCGCAUAUCCAUUCAAUAAGUGGGAGAUUGUGAAGUUAGCAGAAGAGGCUGGGUUAUAUCUAGUUGAAGAAGCAGCGUUUUCAAUCUGGGAUUAUCCCGGCUAUAUAAACAUGAGAGGAAGCGGGCACAGUUGCGACCAAACAUUUCCUGUUGGACAAUGUAGCACCUUCAAAUUUGUCAAGGCUCGGCGUCUUGAAUUUUCAUUUACCAGAUGAUGAUCUAAAUAGAAAAUCCUUGGACUUGUUUACAAUAGCAAUGUACUUGAUUUGAUUUCAAACUUAGAUCACAUUGAAGAAAUGAUUUCUUUCUUUCUCAGAUUAAACUAUUCUGAACUAGAGAUGGAAGAACAACAUUAAGGCACAU